AUGCGUCCGAAUCCCAAGCAGCUGGUCGACUUCUUCGCCCGCUCGCUCACAUCCUUCCAGUCGUCGCCCGACGUCUUCCGCGUCCUGUGCACACUGCCGCACGUCGUCGGCGGCGGCCGAGAACCCGGUCCGCGACGCGCGUCUUCGCAGGUGGUGAGGCGCCUGGUGGUUCUCGACUCGAGCUUCAAUCCGCCGACGAGGGCGCAUGGGGAGAUGGCGCGGUCUGCGCUGCGAACGACAACAACAAGUGUGCGGUUGAUGCUGUUGCUUUCUGUAAACAAUGCGGAUAAAGCGCCCAAGCCGGCGAGUUUCCCGGUACGGCUGGGUAUGAUGGAUGCGUUUGGGCAUGGUCUCUUGAGGAGCCUUGAGGAUGAGGGGAUCAGGCCUGAGAUUGAUGUCGCGGUUACCAAGAUGCCGUAUUUUCACGACAAGGCGAGGGUCAUUGGGGAGAGCGGCGUGUAUGGGCCUUCUUCUUCUUCUUCUUCUUCUUCUGCUUUGGGAGAAGGAGGGGCACAUGAGCCGGAGCAAGUGUUUCUGGCGGGCUUUGACACGGUGAUACGGAUAUUCAAUCCAAAGUACUACGGAGGAGGAGAAGGGAUGAAGGCUGCGCUGGGACCUUUUUUCGAGAGAGCGAGGCUGAGGGUCACGAUGAGGACGGACGAUGAGUGGGGAGGGGAAGAGGAGCAGCGAGCGUAUGUGAGGGGGCUUGGGGAGGGCGUGCUGGAUGAGGUUGGGGGGGAUGCGGCGUGGGCUGGGAGGGUUGACUUGGUGCAGGGGGGAGGGACGGGGAACGGGGUGAGUAGUUCGAGGGUGAGGGAGAUGGUGAGGAGGGGGCAGAGGGAGGCGUUGGGGGAGAUGGUUGAUGAUGAGGUUCUGGGGUGGAUUGAGGGGAUGGGCCUGUAUAGAGAGUGA